AUGAUAAUGCUACAAUUAUUCAAGAUGAAGAAGAUUUUCAGGAAGAUGAUGAAAUAAGAGAUGAUGAUGCCAAUUCUGAUAUUCAAGAGGAAUUAAUAAUAUCGCAAUCUAUUAGGUCAAAACAAAAAGGAAUUUCUAAAUCAACU